AUGGCUGCCUCCGCCUUGCUCAAGAGCCGAGUCCGCCGGCCUUCAUAUCUCAAUAAGCUGGCCAAGGCUGAGGAUCUCAUUGACCUCUUCCCCCAUGGCUCGUACAUCGGCUGGUCUGGUUUCACGGGUGUGGGCUAUCCCAAGAUGGUCCCCACCGCGCUCGCAGACCACGUCGAAAAGAACAACCUGGAAGGUCAACUUAAAUACACACUCUUCGUGGGCGCCUCAUCCGGCGCAGAGACGGAGAAUCGCUGGGCUCGCCUGAACAUGAUUGAGCGCCGCAGCCCGCACCAGGUCGGAAAAGAAAUCGCCAAGGGUAUCAAUAACGGACAAAUCAAAUUCUUCGAUAAGCAUCUCAGCAUGUUUCCCUCGGAUUUGGUCUAUGGCUACUAUACUCUGAACAAGCCUAAGAACAAGAUUGACGUGGCCGUUAUCGAGGCUUCUGCGAUUACAGAGAAUGGUGGAAUUAUUCCCGGCGCCUCGGUCGGUGCUUCGCCCGAGUUGGUCCAGAUGGCCGACAAGGUCAUUAUCGAGGUGAACACGUCGAGUCCCUCCUUCGAAGGCCUGCACGAUAUUGUGGGCUCCGAUCUCCCUCCCGGCCGCAAGCCCUACCUGAUUAUGGCCCCCGAAGACCGUAUCGGAACUCCCUAUAUCCCCGUCGACCCCGAGAAGGUCGUCGCCAUCGUCGAAUCCACCUACCCCGACCAGACCCAGCCCAACGCCCCCGAGGACGAGGGCUCCCAGGCCAUCGCCACCAACCUGAUCGAGUUCCUCAAGCAUGAGGUCAACCACGGCCGUCUGCCCAAGAACCUCCUCCCCAUCCAGUCCGGCAUCGGCAACAUCGCCAACGCCGUCGUGGGCGGUCUCAGCAAGGGCGGUUCCAACUUCACCAACCUGAAGGUCUGGACCGAGGUUCUGCAGGACUCUUUCCUCGACCUCUUCGACAGCGGCAACCUCGACUUCGCAACCGCCACCUCUAUUCGCUUCUCCCCAGACGGUUUCAAGCGCUUCUACGAUAACUGGGAGCGCUACGCCGGCAAGCUCCUCCUCCGCUCGCAGCAAGUCUCAAACUCCCCCGAGAUCAUCCGCCGCCUCGGCGUCAUCGGCAUGAACACCCCCGUCGAAGUCGACAUCUACGCCCACGCCAACAGUACCUGCGUCAUGGGCUCGCGCAUGCUCAACGGCCUCGGCGGCUCCGCCGAUUUCCUCCGUAACUCCAAGUACAGCAUCAUGCACACCCCGUCAACACGGCCCAGCAAGGUUGAUCCUACCGGUGUCAGCUGCAUCGUUCCCUUCUGCACGCACAUUGACCAGACGGAGCACGAUCUGGAUGUUGUCGUUACCGAGCAGGGUCUGGCUGAUGUGCGAGGAUUGUCGCCUCGCGAGCGUGCGCGCGUUAUUAUCAAGCAGUGCGCUCAUCCUGAUUACCAGCCUAUUUUGACGGAUUAUCUGGAUCGGGCUGAGUUUGAGUGCUUGAGGAAGGGAAUGGGUCACGAGCCGCAUCUGUUGUUCCAGGCGUUUAAGAUGCAUCAGAAUUUGCAGGAGAACGGUACCAUGAAGAUUUCUUCUUGGGAGUAA